UAUUCAUACUGUUGGGUUUAAAAUGCCCAAGUCCUUCUAAUCUCCGGCACUGGGCAAUGUCAUAAACCACAGCCACACACACAACCCCUCAAGCACAAAUCAGAAGUAAAAUGGCAUGUAAAGCAUUCAAACAGAAACAAAAAUAUGGCCCAAAAGUUAUAUCAUUAAAGUUAUCUUAAAAGUCAGCUAAAAUUCCACAGUACUAUUCUGGUUUUGGCUGGAUUUAUUGUCCUGAAACUGUUUGAGGAAACACAAAGUGAAAUCGAGGGAAUAAAAUGUCUAAGCGUCACCUUUCCCCCAGAGAUGCUGCCCGAUCCGCUGUUUGUGUCUAAAGCAACUUCUGCAGUUCCUUCCUACACGAAUAAAAUGUUUAAUUAUGCGCCGAUUUUGCCUCUUUAAUUCGGCUGAGCAUGAUGCACCGCCCGGGGCGCUAGGACCGGAGAAUGUGUGUGUAUAUUUGCCCCUCCUCUGACCACAGUGACUGCCGAUUUCCCUCCUUCAUUAAAACCGCAGGCAUGUAGCGCCGAGUCCUGCCCUUCUGGCCAGGAAUGGGGCAAGACCUGCCGGCAGCUGCCCCAUUCACAGCAUGGACCAAAGAACUGUCUUGCUGAAAUUCCUCAAACAAGUUCAGAGCAAGAAAUCCAGCAAGGACCAGAACAUUUCCGGGGAGUUUCUGAGACUGAAAAGGCAGUCAAUGAAAAACAAACAUGACAAAUCCUACUCAUCAGGUCAUGCAGAGAAGCAAGAGAAUGCCAAGAGGAAUCGCUAUAAAGACAUUCUACCCUUUGAUCACAGCCGUGUGCAGCUCUCCCUGGUCAUUUCCGACACUGAUUCUGAUUACAUCAAUGCAAGCUUCAUCAAGGGCGUGUAUGGACCACAAGCCUACAUCGCAACGCAGGGCCCUUUGCCACACACAGUGCUGGACUUCUGGAGAAUGCUGUGGGAGUAUAACGUUAUCGUAGUCGUUAUGGCUUGUCGUGAGUUCGAGAUGGGACGGAAAAAAUGUGAGCGAUAUUGGACCGACCAAGGAGAAGAUCCAUACUGUACUGGGCCUUUCAGCAUUAUUUGUGAAAAAGAAGAAGUCAAAUUGGAAUAUAUCAUCAGAACAUUGAAAGUUCAUUACCAAAAUAUCGAUCGGACUGUGUAUCAACUUCACUACGUCAAUUGGCCAGACCAUGGUGUCCCAUCUUCAAUAGAUCCCACCUUGGAACUGAUCAAAGACAUGCGGGACAUUCAGCAGCAUGAUGAUGUCCCCAUCUGCAUUCACUGCAGUGCUGGCUGUGGAAGGACGGGUGUGAUAUGUGCCAUCGAUUACACGUGGAAGCUGCUCAAGGAUGGGAUAAUCCCAGACAAUUUCAAUAUUUAUGACCUGAUUCAAGAAAUGAGAACACAGAGACCAUCAGUUGUGCAAACCAAGGAACAGUAUGAGUUGGUCUACAGAACGGUCAGCAUUCUGUUUGAGAAACAGUUAGAAGUCCUAAACACCAACCCUGGAUUCGAUUACGAUGAGCAGAUUAAUGAGCUGCCUGUGAUGUCAGCGAGAUCCGAGCCAGAAACCAUCCAACCAUCAACAAACUCACCUUGUUACAGGCCACCAAAAGAGGAAAGAAGUUUACAAUUCAUGGAUCAAGACUUACCAAUAGUGGAUCAAUACAAUCAGUCAGGAUUCCUCUCCAUUUGGCACAGCCAUUCUCAUGGAUUAAUAACAGACUUGGACAGUAACCCCAGUAAAAAUGAAGAUCUUUCUCAACAUAUCCAGGACUCUACUUGCGUGGCAGGAUGUCCGUCUGAGAGAGGAGCAGAACAACAGAUGAGCCUGAGCCUUGACACAAACAUUAAAAGGACAUCAUGGGGUGAAUUAUCCCACAACUCAGAGAGACUAUUGCACAGCGCAAUACAGUCAGUAAACAAGCCCUGCUUAACCAGGGCCAAGUCCAACCCAUUCACCAUCACAAGUCAGGAUCUUGUCGAACCAAAGGCAUCAUUUGACAUCAAGCGAUACAGCCACAUGGGUUCCUUAGAAUUGCUGAGUAUCAUUUCCAAUGAUUCGCCCUCAACCAAAUGCAAUAGUUUACCACCAGCUGGGAGAAGCUGGAAUCCCUGUCAUUGGGAAUCUGCUCAGGAAGAUAAGACCAAUGUUCACGAAGACCCAGAGAGCCAAUCCUUCUCGCAUCUCAGUUCCCAGGCAAUGUUUCCUACCACUUAUCUCACUGAAGAUCCUUAUUUUUCCCCUCCUGGCUCAGCACCGGGCCAACUACUGGAGGACAACAUGUUCUCCUGUCAGGACUUGCCCUGCCAACACCUAGAUAAUCUGAUCUUGGCCAGGAGCCGGUCUGAGAAUGAGUAUAGUGAGCUUCCAACCUGCCCAAGAUCCUUCCAACCCAUUCGAGCAGAGUCCAUGGAGGAAGGAUGGGAUCAUCACACCCCUGUUGAAACAGAAGUUAUGAAAGAAAUGAUUUCUGAAGAAGAAAUCCCUCCUCCACUGCCAGAGCGAACUCCUGAAUCGUACAUUUUGGCAGAAAACCCUGAUCCUGUACCAGUUGCCCCAGCCUCUCUGAAAAUUGGGACAUCUUUGGAGUGGAGUGGUUGCACCCAAGCAGAGGGCUUCACGGAAUCUGUCAAUGUGAAGACACGGAGUAAGAGUUUGAAAUUGCGGGGCUUUAGGAAGGAUAGGAAGACUGAAUCGUUAGUACUUCCAAUUACACUGAGUUUGCCACCGUCUGACAGAGCUCCCUCUCCUGAGAUGUACAAUCCCAGAUCAUCACCUGAUCCCAAUAAGGCCUUUGCGAGGAGCAAGAGUAUGAAAAUUUUACGAAGUAUGAAGAAAACAAUAAGUGGUGGCUCUUCACCAUCCAGGACUGCUGUGCCGGAGCCAAGCCCAGAACACAGUCGCUUCCUUCCGAAAUUUGGGUUUAAGAGUCGAUUUGCGAAACAGAAAGGAUCACGAAAUCCUUCUCCAGAUUUGGUCUGACACAAUCCUUUGUGGAUUCCUCAAGAAAUCGAAUGGGGUGAUGUUCUGAGAUCGCCUUCCGAGUUGCUCCUCAAGAAAGGAACCCCACUUCCCAUGGGAUGAGAAAUUCCUCCUUGCCAGGGAAAGGAGAAUUCCCGUUCCCUCUCACGACAAACAAAGCACAAGUGACCUGACCUCACGCAUUCCAUUAGCAUGCGACUGAAUGGAAGAAUAGAUUCUGUGACACUUUUUUUAAAAGAUUCUGAUUCGGGUCAACUUUUUGAAGCACCGUUUCACAUCUCAAGAACCGCAGGGCUACAGUCAAAUGUAUUUACAUAUUGUAAUCUUUUGAAAACAUUGUUACACCCUUUAAAAUAUAAAGCAACAUUUUUCUCUUCCUUCUGGAGUGGGCAUACCAAAUUACAAAAAUAGUUAAUUGCUCACUGACUCGGGUGUGUCUAAUGUGGAACAAUGAGAGUGUGAGUUUGGAAACUUGUUCAUUUUCAACUGGCUAUGAUUAUUUUUCAAACACAGGCCCUUUCAGUACUUGGGGAUGAGUCUGUUGUAAACUCAGUGACAUCAAUAAAGAAUGACUGAGAUUUGUAUAUUCUCUAUCAUCAGUCUUAUUUUAUUUACCACACACAAAACAAAUCAACAGGGGGCACACGUGAAUAUGGGCAGGAUGAGUUCAGUGCAAUUUAUGAAGCAAGAGGAUCCAGUAAAUAUAAUCAGAGAGAAUCUAGAGGGUUGGUUGAGAAAUGGGAUGGGGAGUGGUGGUGGGGUAAGGUUGGGUUAAGUCGUUUGGACAGAACCUUUCCAAUACAGGGCGAGGAGUAGGAAGAGAACAGAGAUGAGGGUUAACAGUAGGAAGUGCCCAGAUAAUGAGAUACAAACCCAAACUUGCUUUCUUAUGGGGAUUCAGAAUGUCUUUCAGAAAAGAGGAGAUCUCUGAUUUUUAUAUCUGACCCUGCAAAGGUAAUAUAAAUAUAUAAAUUCAAAUCAAUACACAAGAUUUGCAUGAUUCCUGUUGGUUUUGAUGUAAUGGCCCGUUUGUCACCUGCAGCAGCAAUAUUACACUGUGAGUUGGAGGCACAAGGAACUACAGGUGCCACAAAAAAAGACACAGUGUUGGAGUAAGCAGGACAGGCAGCAUCUCUGGAGAACAUGAAUAGGCGACGUCUCAGGUUUGAGACUCAGAUAAACACACGAAAAUAAAUUAGACAUAAAUUACACGCAAAAUUUCUGAAAGAAGGAAAACUGCAAAAAAAGUCUGUGCAAAACUAUUAAACUAAAUACACUGGAAUUUAGAUGGAUGAGACGGGAUCUUAAAGAAACAUAUAAAAUUCUUAAAGGAUUGGACAGGCUAGAUGCACGAAAAAUGGUCCUGAUGUUGGGGGAGUCCAGAACCUGGGGUCAGUUUAAGGAUAAGGGGCCAUUUAGGACUGAGAUGAGGAAAAACGUUUUCACCCAGAGAGUUGUGAAUCUGUGGAAUUCUCUGCCACAGAAGGCAGUGGAGGCCAAUUCACUGGAUGUUUUCAAGAGAGUGUUAGAUUUAUCUCUUUGGACUAACGGAAUCAAGGGAUAUGGGAAAAAGCAGGAACAGGGUACUGUUAGUUUGAGACCAGGCUUCUUCUGCCUGAUGGCCUGCCUGCAGUCGAAGGAUGAGUCCAGAUGGUGGGGAUCCUCGAUGAUAGAAGAAAAGGGCAGAUCGCUUUCUUGCAUUCCAUCUGUUAUUUACUUUCAACCUAUUAUUACCAAAGCCAAAUUAUCUAAUUUAGGCAGAGAAAUAAAUUGUAGGUGCAGAAAACCAAAAAUAAUUAUGUUACUAGAUAUAAGAAUAGAGGUGAUAGAUUUAACAGGCAGGGUGAUGCAAGAUUGAUAACAGGGCCUGCUGGGGAUAAUGUUACUUUUCCUUUGUUUGGCCACAAGUCACAUAAUAUUUUGAGCAUGUUUCCAUAAUGUGAAACCUCCUGAUUUUUGUUGCUGCCACGGUACCUUGAGACUGCAUAGCUGCAUCUUAAAGAAAAUUAAAAAUUACUAUCAUCACAUAAUGUUUUAUCCUUAAAUGG